AUGAAAAUGAAAACAAGCAUAUGUUGUAUUCUGCUCUUGUUAUUUUCCGUGUCUUCGGCUGAAGAUGUAAAUGUUAGAGUGAAAGGGGUGACACACAUUGCUACCACAGAUGAAAAUUUUAUCUGUGCAACUUUAGAUUGGUGGCCACCAAACAAGUGUGACUACGAUCAAUGUCCCUGGGGAGAAGCAGGAAUUAUGAAUCUGGACUUGUAUAACAGCAUUCUGAUAAAUGCCGUUAAGGCUUUUAAUCCCCUAAGGAUCAGAUUAGGAGGUUCACUGGAAGAUCAGAUUGUAUACCAAUUCGGAGAACAAGAGAAAUGCCCCGUUAUGGAAAAGCAAAGUGAUGGUCUCUUUGGUUUCAGCAAAGGAUGCCUUCCCAGAAAGAGAUGGGAUGAAGUUAAUGAAUUUCUUAACAAAACUGGAGCGAAAUUCACUUUCGGGUUGAAUGCCCUGAUUGGAAAGGAAAAUUCUAAGGAGGACAAGGAAAACUGGGUAGGAGACUGGGACCCAACAAAUGCCUUAAGUCUCAUGGAGUACUCAAUUUCAAAAGGAUACAAAAUAGAUUCAUAUGAAUUAGGUAGAAAUGAGUUAUGCUCUGGUGGGGUAGCUGCCAAAAUAGACAGUGUUCAAUAUGCUAAAGACAUCACUCAACUCAGAAAUUUAGUUAAUAUGCUAUACCAAAAUGCCAAUACAAGGCCAAAGGUGCUUGGCCCUGCAGGUUUCUACAGUAAGGAAUGGUUUGAUAGCUUCUUAGAGAAUGUUGGACAUGGUGUGGUUGAUGGAGUGACCCACCACAUUUACAACCUUGGUCCUGGUAAUGACAAGGAUCUCAUUAACAAGAUUCAAGACCCAUAUUAUUUGAGCAAAGUUGCUCAAACAUUCAAAGAUGUUUCAGAAUCAGUCAAUGUAUUCACUCCAAGGGCAGGAGCAUGGGUUGGGGAAUCUGGUGGAGCUUAUAACAGUGGUGGCAAAGAUGUGUCAAAUACUUUUGUUGAUGGCUUUUGGUACUUGGACCAGCUUGGCAUGACAGCAGCCUUCAACCACAAGGUUUAUUGCAGACAAGCACUAAUUGGAGGAAACUACGCUAUGCUAAACACCACAACCUUCAUUCCUAACCCAGAUUAUUAUGGAGCACUUUUGUGGCAUCGGCUUAUGGGAAGAAAUGUGCUUUCUGUUUCUCAUGAAGGAUCUUCAUUUUUGCGUGUAUAUGGUCAUUGUUCAAAGAAAGGGCAUGGCAUCACAGUGCUGCUCAUAAACAUGUCCAAUUCCACAACUUUCAGAGUAUCCCUGGUGAAUGACAUGAACACAGAUAAAGAAGUAGGAUCAUCAGACGCAAUGAGGGAAGAGUACCAUUUGACUCCAAAAGAUGGCAACAUUCAAAGUGAGGUGGUGCUGUUGAAUGGAACUCCACUAAAGCUCACACAGUCUUUAGACAUCCCAGAGAUGAAUCCAAAGCUGGUUGAUCCAUCUUCCACAGUCAAAGUGAAGCCUCAUUCCAUUGUUUUUGUGUAUAGCAAGAGUUUCCAUGCACCAGCAUGUAGUUAAGUAGC